AUGCGUCUGCGCCCGAUCUAUCCGUCUCUGCCGCGAUGCGCUCGCAUCCCUAAUUCCCUGCGCUCUUUCUCCCACGAUUCUACCUCGGCCCCUACUCUAAAUGGAACUUAUCCACUUGGAAACCGCGCGGUGUCUCGUGGAGGUUUCAGUUCACAGUCUGCUUCCAGCGAGCAUGGCCUUCUCCUUCCCUCAUCAUCUACAGCGUCAUUCUCUACCAGCUCACGACUCUCGGACCCUGGUGACUGGGAAGAUAACGCGAAUCUCUCAAUAGAUGCAUUCUCGGAGCUCCCUUCCAAGGACUUUGGUGUCAACCAACACAUGGUUAUCAACCAAGAGUUUAAAGAAGCCUUACGUCAAAUCCUUUGGCAAUUCCGAGCACCAAUCCGAUAUGCAUUCGCCUAUGGUUCGGGCGUCUUCACACAGUCCGGCAGUGCUCCUGGCUCCGGCCAGUGUCACCCGUCUGCCCCGGCUGCGAUCAAGAACAUGCAACAAGGUCAGGGUAAGAUGAUUGAUUUUAUCUUUGGAGUGUCAUACUCCCAACACUGGCAUUCAUUAAACCUCCAUCAACAUCGUGACCACUACUCUGGACUGGGUUCUUUAGGGUCUUACGCUGUCGCUCAAACGCAAGAUAGGUUCGGCGCCGGUGUUUACUUCAACCCAUACAUCACCGUUAACGGAACGUUGAUCAAAUAUGGCGUUGUCAAUCUCGACACGUUGUGCCGUGAUCUCAGCCAAUGGGACACACUAUACCUCGCUGGGCGGCUACAGAAGCCGGUUAAGAUUCUCCGUGACCAUCCGAAGGUCCGGCUAGCAAACCAGAUGAACCUGCUGUCUGCCGUCCGGGUAGCAUUGCUGCUCCUGCCAGCUGAGUUUACGGAAUUCCAACUCUACAGCACCAUUGCAGGAAUGAGCUAUAUGGGAGAUCUGCGCAUGGCCUUGCCGGCAGAGGAUCCUCGUAAGGUUAGAAACAUUGUUUCAGGUCAGAUGGCGAACUUCCGGCGGCUCUAUGCACCGCUCAUUGAAACCCUACCGAAUGUCACCUUCAACGACACACGGUGCACCGAAGGCGAUUGGAUCGAUGAUCCCGAUGCCAAUGUGAAGCUAACCCAAGAUAUGGACCCAGUAAAACGUGGUAAUAUGGUCCGCCGUCUGCCGGAGUCAUUCCGAGCGAAGCUGUACUUCCAGUAUCAAACCCGCUUUCAAAUACCUCGUGGGGACUUCAACAAAAUGAUGAAGGAAAGCAAUGAUGCCGACCAGGCAUUGGUCCGGCGGAGACAAGGCGGUCCCUUCGAGCAGCGCAUCGCAAGCGACGAUAGCCUGAAGCAGGAAGUUCAAGCUUCUAUCACCAAGACCAUCCGCUGGCCCAGCACUAUCCAGUCGGCCAAAGGUCUGGUCACCUCCGGAAUUGGCAGGACCUGGCGCUACCUGCGAGAAAAGCAAAAUAAGUACAAGACUUCAGGCAAACAUGCCAGCCCUCCGAGCGAGGUGUCGGUAGAGAAAGCGCCAAAGCAGGAAUAG